UGUGGGGGGGGGCUCACGACCCCCAGUCCCUUGCAGGCAGACAAUGUCCAGGCACAGGAGCUGUGGCGCGGCUUCAUCCUCACCAUGGCCAAGAUGGAGGUGCCCACAGACCUGGAGCUGCUGCCUGGGCACAUCUUCCAGCUGUCGGAGGCGCUGCGCCAGGAGAGGGAGAACCGCCGGGGGGCACGGAGUGUGGGGACAACUGCAGUGCCCCCCAUGCCCAGCUGCUUCUUCGACGUGUCGCGUGCCGAGGCCGAGCGGCUGCUGGAGCGCAAUGCGGGCGGUGGGAACGUGGUGCUGCGCCCCGGCGGGCACGGCCAAGGCUUCUCCAUCAGCACACGGCAGGUGCAGAGCGGCGUUGCUCUGCUGAAGCACUACAGGGUGGUCAGCGUGGCAGACGGGUUCCUCGUCGACGUCGAUGCGCCGCAUCACUGCUCCUCGCUGGACGAGGUGGUGCAGUACUUCGUGGAGCAGAGCAGAGGCAGCCUGCAGCCCCUGCGCCGGGAGUACAGCAUGAGGCUGGAGUUCGCGGAAGCAGAUGAUAAAAGCUCGGAGGUGACACAGCAGCCAUGCAAACCCCCCUCCUGCCCCCCCGCUCCCCGGCACCCCCCCACGGCGCAGCCCCGCCGGCUCAGGGCCCCCCCCCCGCUGCCAAAGGCAACACCGAGCCCACGGCACGCAGUGAGAGAAGGUGAGUGUGGAUGGGGGAAACUGAGGCAGAGGGGGGAGGAGAGGGGGAGGGAAAGCACUGCACCCACGCUGCUCUCCCAUGCAGGUGCCGGCAGCCCCCCCCGCUCAGCGCCCCGUCCGACCCCACGGCGCGUCCCCCCACUGCCCCAUGGGCACAGUGCUGACAUCACAGAGGAGCUGGCUCAGAAGCUGAUGGCGCGCCGUGCUCUGAAUGAGGACUGAUGGGGGUCAGGGAGGGGGGGUUGGGCUGGCUGCCCCCUCCUUCCCUACCACCUGUGGGCGGUGGGGGUCACCUGCCCCCUCCUUCCCUACCGGCUGUGGGGGUCACCUGCCCCCUCCUGACCCCCCCUCACGCUGCCUGGCCUCGAAGCAGUGGCUGCCCAUGGGUUGGAGGCCCCAGGUUGGAAUACUGGGGGGGCACACAGCCCAAUAGCAGCACAUGGUGGUGAGGGGUUCGAAGGGGAGGGGGGGGCACACAGCCCUGGUGGCACUACAGAUAAUAAAGCUGCCCAUCCCACCACCCCACUGCGCUUCCUCCAUGUCCCAGCCCCCCCCC